AUGCUCCGCGCCCGCCGGCGGCCGAGCGCAGACGAGAAGGAUAUUCCCCGUGAGCAGUCUCUGGUCAGUUCAGCCGCUAUCCAGACCUGGGUCGGCGAGAGUGCCGCCACCAGCUGUUCUCCUACCGCUCUGCCGUCAGUCUGAACGCCCCCAGCCCUCCCGCGAGGGCGCCCCGGGACGGAAGGAUCCAGCAGCCUGUCGGCGCCCGCCGUUCUCGUGGUCGCCGUCGCCGUCGUCGUUGUGGUAGUCUCUGCCGUAGCCUGGGCCAUGGCCAAUUACAUCCACGUCCCGCCCGGCUCCCCGGAGGUCCCCAAGCUGGACGUCACGGUGCAGGAUCAGGAGGAGCAGCGCUGCCGGGAGGGGGCCCUGAGCCUCCUGCAACACCUGCGGCCGCACUGGGACCCUCAGGAGGUGACCCUGCAGCUUUUCACAGAUGGAAUCACAAACAAACUUAUUGGCUGUUAUGUGGGUAAUACAAUGGAGGACGUAGUCCUGGUGCGAAUUUAUGGCAAUAAGACUGAGUUGUUAGUCGAUCGAGAUGAGGAAGUGAAGAGUUUCCGAGUGUUGCAGGCUCACGGCUGUGCACCACAACUCUACUGUACCUUCAAUAAUGGACUGUGCUAUGAAUUUAUACAGGGAGAAGCAUUGGAUCCAAAGCAUGUCUGCAACCCUGCCAUUUUCAGGCUUAUAGCACGUCAGCUUGCUAAAAUCCAUGCUAUUCAUGCACACAAUGGCUGGAUUCCCAAAUCUAACCUAUGGCUAAAGAUGGGAAAAUAUUUCUCUCUCAUUCCCACAGGAUUUGCAGAUGAAGACAUUAAUAAAAGGUUCCUAAGUGAUAUCCCAAGCUCUCAGAUUCUUCAGGAAGAAAUGACUUGGAUGAAGAAGAUUCUUUCUAACCUGGGCUCACCUGUUGUGCUUUGCCAUAAUGAUCUGUUGUGUAAGAAUAUAAUCUACAAUGAGAAACAAGGUGAUGUACAGUUCAUUGAUUAUGAAUAUUCUGGAUACAACUACCUGGCAUAUGAUAUUGGAAAUCAUUUCAAUGAAUUUGCAGGUGUGAGUGAUGUAGACUAUAGUCUUUAUCCAGACAGAGAACUGCAGGGCCAGUGGCUGCGUUCUUACCUUGAAGCCUACAAAGAAUAUAAGGGUUUUGGGUCUGAAGUUACUGAAAAGGAAGUAGAAAUACUCUUCAUUCAAGUCAAUCAGUUUGCAUUGGCUUCACAUUUCUUUUGGGGAUUGUGGGCUUUGAUUCAAGCCAAAUACUCCACUAUUGAGUUUGAUUUCCUUGGGUAUGCAAUUGUUCGUUUUAACCAAUACUUUAAAAUGAAGCCUGAGGUUACUGCAUUAAAGGUGCCUGAGUAAAGAAGACAUUUAAUUAUUCUUAAGUAGCUGAACAAUGCUUGUGGAUAUUUUAAGAAAUUCCAAAAAGCCAAUAUAUGUUAAAAUUAUUUUAAUUUGGUUAUCUUGCUUUACAAAUUAUGCUUCUAAACAACCAAUUUAUUUUUUAAAAAGUCUGAAUGAUGUCAAGAAAUACACCUACUGCUCUCAGUAUGUGGUGGGUAAGAAGUUUGUUAAAUCAGCAAAAAGGUAUAAAGAUGUCAGUUUAAUCCUUUGAUAAUUUAAUCUAUGUUAUAUGUGAAUUAUUUAUUAUAAAUUUAACAUGAAUUCUGUGACUGUUUUCAUCUGUUUCAUCUGUUUGUUGAGUGUAAGCAACGAAAAUUUUCCAGAGAAAAUUUUUUUUUAAGUUUUACUUUAAUAAGAUUAAUUUUAGUAAACAUUUUAGGUGUUUAGUGUAACCUUUUUAUUUUGACACACUGUUAGUUAAAUGAAUCAUUUAGUCUUGGAAUGCCAGACACUGGUUUAGAUAACUUAAGAUGUUCAUAGAAAAAUAUCUGUUUAGGAGAUUGAAGUACAUUCACUGUCUAUGCUAGUGGUACAUCUUUCUGGAGUAUUGGAAAGCAUUUUUGGGGGGGGGGGAACAUCUUAGAAUUAAAUUCCCCUCUUGCUAUAUAGUCUGGCAGUAUAAAUAUUAAUAUUUACCAUAUAAUCCUGGAAUAGAUAUAUGAUGAUUUUAUGUUACCAAAAUCUGUAUUAAAUAAUGUUUUCAUAUACUAUAUAUGGUCAUUUAAGUUACAGUUUGUUUUUAAAAUUUUACUAUAUCAAAUUGUUUCUAACCAAAAUUUUGUUUUACUUAUUGAGAUGUUGUAUAUUUUGUUUGUUAUUAAAUAGUAGCUAGUACAGCAAUUGCUAAUUUUUGAAACAAAGACAGAAUGCUUAUCAUACUUGGGAACAAGAAAAUGUCAUUUAGAUGAAUUCCUUUUUACUUCUUCAGAUUCAUUCCUUACACUGUGGUUUUAAUGUUUUAGUAUGGCUCCAUGUCUUUAGAAUGAUAGCAAAUGAUUACUUGAUAAAUGUAUCAAUAGUUUCAGAGAAAUAAGUUGAGGUGGUUAAAAGAAUUAAAUAAGGAACAUUUAGAACAUGGAUCUUGUACACUUAAAAUCUGAUAUAACAAUGUGAAUUAAGCAAAAAUACUCAUGGUAGGAGGGCUUCUGUUUGGUUUGAUUUCUUUUGAUUUUGUUUGUUUGUUUUUGUCUGUUUGAGAGCGAGAGGACGGCAGUUAUUAUUUGGAAGGAACUUAGAUCUUUGGGAUAGAUAAGCAAGCAUCCAGUUUUGAAGACUGCUGUGUAGAGUUGAGCAGUCAUGGUUAACUUUGCUUAGAAAAUUAGUCUGACAAGCUUUGCACUUUGGUCACAUAAGUGCCCAUGUACAAAGUUGGCUUAAUGGAUCUGCAUAUUCAGAAUAUGCAACUACAAAUUUAUCCUCUGAGAAAUCUUCUGGGGAGUCUGAUGUAUUAUUCCAAGUGACUUGUAUUCUCAGAUAAGUGCUUUAAAAUACUUGGAUUAUCUCAAGAUGUUUAAAGCUAAUAAAGUAAGUAGAAACACUUACAGGCCAUUUAAAAUGGUAAAUUCUAGUUACAUGAAUAGAAUCUUAAAAUCUGUUUUGUGUCUAUAUAACAGUGUUAGACCAAGAUUUGUUUUCUACCUCCCCAAUGUUACAAAUGUUCACUUCUGUUUUUAUAAACCAUAUUACUGUAGGAUCAAUAGAAUUUUACCUAAUUAACUAAAUGAAAGGAACCAAUUAAACAAUGAAUAGCUUUUUAUGUAAUGUUAGAGUGAACUUGAAAAAUUGUUUUUCAUGGAAUUUUCAUCUGGGGCUGGAACAUUUUCUUAGAACAAUGAAGACUAUGUAGUACUCUUGAUUUUUUUGCUUUCUGACUUCUUAAAAGUGCACAUAUAUCUUGGAGAACUGUGGGAAGAGAGAAGAUCAUUUUUCUACCUUACUCCAUAUUCUUCAAAUUAUUUUGAAUAGAGAUUCACUGAGCCAUUGCUGGUAGAUUGUGCAUAGCUGCUAGCUGUGAUACUCUUGUAAGUGGUUCAGAGAGAUUCAUAUAGAAGUGAAUGUAGAGGGGAAUAAAGGCUCUCACUUUAGCCCUAGGCAAUGAAUCUUGGGAACAAAAUAAGGUAUUUAAGAUAUUUCCCCCACUUUUAGGCUAGAUUUUGGGUAUUAUGAUGUUCCCACUUCCUGUACAGGUUUUUGGGAUCAUGCUUCAGCCUAAUAAUAGGGUUCAAAAUUUGCUUCCCUUUUAAUUGACCAUUUAAGGGAUUCUAAAGGGAAAACAUCCCUCUAAACUUUGUCCUGUGGCUUGCUGAGAUGUCUUUUGCCUUUUUAUGUUAAGCUAAGGAACUUGAAUGCCUUACCUAAUAACUCAACUGAUAGUAAGCUCAUUUUGUAAAUAUGAAAAUGGUUGUUAGAGAAGUGGCAUUCAUGUAUACUCACUGUUAGUCAAUAGACCAUAGUGGCCUGGAUGCUUUAGCAAGCGAAAUUCCACAAUUUGUUUUCCCUUUGUUCCUUACAUACUUGUAUGAUCUUACCUGACCAGUAAUACUUGAUUUUUUUCCCUCCUGACCCCAUGUUACCACCACUUUCUGGGAAUUAAAGAGAUGUGGUAGUAAAUCAUACUGUUCACAUACAUGAUCAUUUGAGAUCAAUAUGAGCACAAAACUCAUCAACUAGGUCUGCCUGGAAUGUAUAUAAAACAGUGUAAAUAAAAAUUUGUAAAUUAGUGUGAGUUGUAUGUUGCAUAUGAGAUUGUGUAUUGUUUUGCAUUCUUUUCCCUUUUGCAGACAUUUUUCUGUAAGGUAAUGAUCCAGCUCUUUGGUUUUAGACUGGAAAUAGCCAACAAAUCGGGCUGCACAGUGGGGUAACAAGAGGAACUGGAAAUAGGGUUUGUCAGUUUUUGUUAAUGUCAGUACUUAUUUAUUUAGCCUCUCAGUGCCUAAUAUGACUUUUUUUCAAUCUUUAGUUGACCACUAGUUUUUGGAGGUUAGAUUCUUGCAAGCAGUAAAUUAAUACAUUGUUAGAAUUCCAUUAUUUGAGUCAUGAUUCUAAGCUAAGGCAAAUUAAAAAUAUAAUUUUAUGAUUGCAGACUGAAGUGUUAUCCUUUUCUGUUUUCAAUGCUGUUAACCUUUUUCUACAAAAAAACCCUGAGUUUUUAUAUAUCUCAGUGUGAAUCUUAAGUCCCACAUAUACAAGGGAGAUGAUAAGUAAUAGCUCCUAGUUCAACUUAAGCAUGUCUCAGUUGGCUUCUCUAAGUAUAAAGCUGUUCAUUAUGGGAUUGUAAAACACAGAAGAGGUAUGUGUUCUUUUAAUGACUGCUAAUUCCAUUUUUGCUGAACUAAAAAUAUUUAAC